CUUCCGCUUCUGCAGGGUCUGGGCGGGGGACGAUGGCCGGCUUAGCCCCGGGAAGAGUGGAAUGAUUAAUGAUGCUUUGCAGCUAUUUUCCGAGUCUUGAAAUUUUCUAUCUCCGUGGAACCCAAAAUUCGCUAGGAUGGAGGAGCCUCAGAAAAAUAAUCUGAACACGACAGACCUUGAGAAAGAUGACCCUCUCAAAAGCACUGCCCCUCAGAUUUCUGUUAGUGAAUUUUCUUGUCACUGCUGCUAUGACAUCCUGGUUAACCCCACCACCUUGAACUGUGGGCACAGCUUCUGCCGGCACUGCCUCGCUUUAUGGUGGGUGUCUUCAAAGAAAACAGAGUGUCCGGAAUGCAGAGAAAAAUGGGAAGGUUUCCCCAAAGUCAAUAUUCUCCUCAGGGAUGCCAUUGAGAAGUUAUUUCCUGAUGCCAUCAGAAUGCGAUUUGAAGACAUUCAGCAGCAUAAUGACAUAGUCCAAAGUCUUUCAGCCUUUCAAAAAUAUGGGAAUGAUCAGAUUCCUUUAGCUCCCAACACAGGCAGAGUGAAUCAGCAGAGAGGAGGGGGAUUCUUUUCAGGAGUGCUCACAGCUCUAACUGGUGUGGCGGUGGUCCUGCUUGUCUAUCACUGGAGCAGCAGGGAGUCUGAGCACGACCUCCUGGUCCACAAGGCCGUGGCCAAAUGGACAGCGGAAGAAGUUGUCCUCUGGCUGGAGCAGCUGGGCCCUUGGGCCUCUCUCUACAGUGACAGGUUUUUGUCUGAAAGAGUAAAUGGAAGAUUGCUUUUAACUUUGACAGAGGAAGAAUUUUCAAGUGCACCGUAUACCAUAGAAAACAGCCACAGAAGAGCCAUCCUCAUGGAGCUGGAACGUGUCAAAGCACUAGGCGUGAAGCCCCCCCAAAAUCUUUGGGAAUAUAAGGCCGUGAACCCAGGCAGGUCCCUGUUCUUGCUGUAUGCCCUCAAGAGCUCACCUAGACUUGGCCUACUGUACCUCUUCCUGUUCGACUACACAGACACCUUCCUACCCUUCAUCCACACCAUCUGCCCCCUGCAGGAAGACAGUCCUGGGGAGGACAUCAUCACCAAGCUUCUGGAUCUUCGCGAGCCCACAUGGAAACAGUGGAGAGAAUUCCUAGUCAAAUAUUCCUUCCUUCCAUACCAACUGAUUGCUGAAUUUGCUUGGGACUGGCUGGAGGUCCAUUACUGGACAUCACGGUUUCUCAUUGUAAAUGCCAUGCUACUCACAGUUCUGGAAUUAUUCUCCUUCUGGAGAAUCUGGUCAAGAAGUGAACUGAAGACUGUGCCUCAGCGGAUGUGGAGCCAUUUUUGGAAAGUGUCAACACAGGGGCUUUUUGUGGCCAUGUUCUGGCCCCUCAUUCCUCAGUUUAUUUGCAACUGUUUGUUUUACUGGGCCCUGUACUUCAACCCAAUCAUUAACAUUGAUCUUGUGGUCAAGGAGGUCCGCCGGCUGGAGACCCAAGUGUUGUGACUGGCACUGCCCACGCCCUGAGAGCAUCUUCAAACCUCCCUGGCAUCUGAGCUUUGAUGCUGAAGAGGGAUGAGGUGGGGAGAGGACUUCCUAUUUUAAAACAAGGUGCUGCCUUAUAUGUCAGAGGCUCCAACCAGUUCCUCUCCCCUCGGCCUGUGGCGUCCUGGCAGUAGACUGAGUUCCAGUGUGGGGAGGACCGUCUGUUUGGCCAACACAGCAGCACCUCUCCCAGCCAGCCACCUUCCCCACAUAGCCUUGGGAGGCUCAGUCCAUCAUGAUUCCAGGGUCUCAGAGGACAUAGCGUGUUGUCAUCAGAAGGUUACUACAUCAGCAGUCCCCUUCCCCAACCUCAGUGACUAACAGAGGCUCCCAGAGUCCAAGACCAGGCUUGUGGGGGCCAGGCCCAUCCUAUAAGUCAAGUUUAGGAAAACAAGGAUAAGACUGUCAUAGGCAUAGACAGUUGCACAUAAAAAAUACAGAGGAAAACCCCAAACUUAGUCAAUGAUUCUGUCCUGUUGAAGAGUUGCUAGGUUUCAGAGUAAAACCUAAAAGGAUCCAGUUUGAGACUAGAAUGGUUAGACUUGUAGUUAUGGGGUUGUUUUUUGGGGUAAUCAUUGAAAGCCUGGAUUCCUGUCUCCAAGAGGGGUACCAAGUGGAACAUCAGGCAGUUCCUAGAGGGAAUUCCUCUCAGGCUGAGCUGCCUCCAGGCUAAUUAAAAUAGUUGUUUUGGGUUUGUUUUUGUUUUGUUUUUAAGAAUUUAGUCUAUAAAUUAAAUUUCAGGAUGGUCCUUUUGUUCAAGGCAACAUUCUGUAAGUUGACCUCACACUGUAUAAUCUCUAUCAUCCUGUUCUGAUACAUAACACAGCAAGUAUAAUUACACAAAGUGCUAUAAUUGUAAAUAUG